AUGAAUGAAACGCAGCCAGUCAUCAAGACUGCGGGUCCAGCCUGGGCUGCCGUUGAAGCUCUCAUGCGCGGCAAGCUGUCUCAGGCCGGUGUAAGCCCAGUGAUCUUCAGCUUUUCGGCGUUUCUCAGCUUGUUCAUUGCAUACUUUGUUAGCAUCGCCAUCUACCGAAUUUUCUUUCACCCCCUCCGCAAAUACCCAGGGCCACUGCUCGCCAAGUUAACCAGCUUGGUUUGGACAUAUCACUUCACAAAGGGAGACAUCAUCAGAUGGAACGACGAGCUGCACCAAAAAUACGGUGUGACAGUCCGUUCCGGGCCAAAUCGCCUCAGCUUCAUCACCCCGCGGGCCUGGAAGGACAUCUAUGGACACAAGCACGGGCAGUACAAGCCCAACGUGAAGAACCUGGAGCGGUUUGUCGGAAAGCUGACGAGCAAUGUCCAUCCAAUGGCUACGGAGCCAACCAUGGCCGGACAUGCGGCUCAGAAGAAGCAAUUCAACCACGCAUUCAGCGACCGGGCUUUGACUGAGCAGGAAGGCCUGAUAGGAAAGUACAUCGACCAGCUCAUACAGCUCGUAAAGAGGGAGAUCGCCAACGAACCUACCGGGAAGUCAGAGGUAGACGUUGCCAAGCUGUACAACUUCACCACUUUCGAUGUCAUGGGCGACCUGACUUUUGGGGAAGGCCUUGGUCAGCUCGAGACUGGCGUCGAGUCUUCGUGGGUACAGGCAGUAUUCGUCACAUUCAAGUUUAUGACUGUCAGGUCUGUCAUGAAGGCAUAUCCCCUGGGUGGAUUCUUGAACUCCGUCUUCGCGCCCAAAGGCGUCAUGGAGGAUUGCGCUAGACACAUCCAGAAUUCAAACGCCCUUGUGACCAAGCGGUUGGAAAAGGGCAACAACGGGCGGCCAGACAUCUUCGGUUUCAUCCUCAGGCAGCCGGGGGAGAAGAUGUCGCGUCCACUGAUGAAUGCAAACGCGGGAAUGUUCAUGAUGUCUGGCACUGAGACGACCGCUACUGCUCUGACCAGCAUGACUUGGUGCCUCCUAAACAAUCCUGAGAAAUUGAAGAAGGUGGUCCAGGAGAUCAGGGCUGUUCCCGAGGAAUCCGGCUUGACCAGCAGCGCCCUGAAGAAUAUGAAGUACAUGAACGCUGUCAUUGAGGAAGGCAUGAGAAUGUACCCGAGCGGCCAGGUUGGCUUGGGCAGCCAGCGUGAGAUUGCGCCCGGCGGCAAUUGGGUGUGCGGAGAGUGGUUGCCCGAGAAGACCCAGGUGACUGUCCCCAGUUGGACCGCCUUCAACCCGCCACUGCACUGGAAAGACCCUCUGAAGUUUGUUCCGGAGCGAUGGCUCCCCGAGGAGGUCGAGUACUCCGAGUACCACAAAUACGAUGACCACGCCGCUUGGCUGCCAUUUGGAACGGGUCCGAGGGCGUGUAUUGGACAGAAUGUGGCGCUGCACGAGAUGCGAAGUAUUUUGGCGAGGUUCUUGUACAACUUUGACUUGGAGUUGUCUCCCGAAACCAUGGAUUGGCACGAAAAGAAGGUCAAGGGCAUAUGGGCAAAGCCCUCUCUAAAGGUUCGUGCUACCCUCGCGAAGUAG